AUGGUGGACAACCGUUACGCCACGGCUCUGGUCAUCGCCUGCGUCCUGAGUCUGCUGGCCACCGUGUACCUGUCCGUGGCCGUGGGCACGCAGCACUGGUACCAGUACAGCAGCCCCACGGUGCGCGGAGAGGCCAACGUGUCCGAGCUGCGCUCCCUGUACGAGGAGUUCAUGGCGGGCGGGGAGUUCGACGAGAAGACGUACAGCGACACCCUGUUCCGCCUCAACGGCACCGUGGGCCUGUGGUGGCGCUGCGUGCUCGUGCCCGCCGCUGCUAAUUGGUACAGGGAGCCAGAUGCCAAGAUGGAGGUGGAGUGUCGAAACUUCACGCUGCCCGAGCAGUUCACUCCGAAGUACAAAGAACCGGGGAACCACAACAGCGGCGAGGACAUGCUGCGCACCUAUCUAUGGAGGUGCCAGUUUCUGCUGCCGCUGGUGUCUCUGGGUCUGGUUGUGUUGGCAGGCCUGACAGGGUUUUUCGCCUGUCUCUGUCGAAGCCUCACCCCUGCUCUCUGUAUAGGAGUUCUUCACCUUUUGGCUGGUCUGUGCACCUUAGCCACAGUGUGCUGCUACCUCGCCGGGAUGGACCUGCUCCACAGGGUGUCGAUGCUGCCCGACAAGGUGGACGGCUCUCUGGGCUGGUCCCUUUAUUUAGCUCUCAUAUCCUCACCUCUGCACAUGAUGGCAGCGGCGCUUCUGGUGUGGGCGGCGCGCAGCCACAGUCAGAACUACUACCGCAUGACCGCCUACCGAGUGGCAUAGCCGGGCAUUUGGCUAUGGAGCUGAAAGUCUCUUCAAAGUCCAACCUCCAUUCUGACAUCAAAAUGUGUUGCUGUGACAUUUUUCCCUUUAUUUUUUAUUUGUUCAACUAAAUCCUAUAUAUUGUACAGUAAAUGAUCCUAAAGUAUGCUGCAUUAGUAGAUUUAAUUUUAGAGGUCCUAAUUUGUAGAGUUAACCAGAGGAAUGUGGAUAGUCCAGCAUUUAGUCUUAGUCAGGCACAGGGAAAGUGUGUGAGUUUAUAAUAUCAUCAGGACUAUUUGCAAAUAAACCAACGCCAACUGUUUAACCACAUUAUUUAAGUUCAAAUCUAUCAGAAGAUUAAUAAAAAGUUUCAUAGAGCAAAAUAAAACCCGUUCACUAAACACUUC